AUGUCGUGUCUUGAUGUUAAACAUGUUGCCAAAUAUAGCGCUGCGCCAUCUCAUCCGGUGCGCCAUCUCUCCCGGAAUUACCCUAGAUGGGGAUUUCCCAAUUGCAUUGGCAGGGUGGACGGUAAACAUGUAACAAUCAAGAGACCUAACAACAGUGGCUCCAAUUACUGGUGCUAUUUACAUAAAUAUUCAAUAGUACUUAUGGCCAUUGUUGGCCCGGACUAUAAAUUUAUAUGUGUUGAUAUUGGUGGUUUCGGAAAAAAUAGUGAUGGGGGUAUUUUCGAAACCUCAAACAAGCGAUUUGAACAAAAUUUAGUGAGUGUCCCUGCAUCUAAAUUUCUCCCUGGGCAAAAUGAAAUCUGCUCGUACGUCUUAAUUGGUGAUGAAGCAUUUGCUUUAAAACCAUACCUUAUGAGACCAUUUCCUUAUAAGCAGACUUUAACAGACGUCAGAAAAGAGAAAUACAAUGUAAGACUUUGUCGAGCUAGAAGGGUCGUGGAAAAUGCGUUUGGUAUUUUGUCUCAAAAAUGGCGAAUAUUUUACAGGCCAUUAGAAACUAAAGUAGAUACUACUAUUCUAAUUGUUGCACAAGAUUUUGAAGAAAAAUGGAACUUUCAUAACUGCGUAGGGAGUGUUGAUGGCAAACAUGUAGGGAUCCAACAACCCUCCCAUUCUGGGUCUUAUUAUUACAACUACAAAGGGUUCUAUAGUAUUGUGCUUAUGGCUAUUGUUAAUGCAAAUUAUCAAUUUAUGAUGGUCGAUGUCGGAGCGAAUGGGCGAGUGUCAGAUGGUGGAGUGAUGAAGGACACGUUAUUUUGGCGCAAGUUGUCUGAGAACAAACUAAACAUGCCUGAUUCUCGUGAGUUACCAGGUACUAAUGAAAAAUUUCUGUUUGUUUUCAUUGGUGAUGAAGCUUUUCAGCUACUCCCUAAUUUUAUGAAGCCCUACAACAGAGCUGUUUUGACCGAUGAAAAAAGGGUUUUCAAUUAUAGAUUGUCCCGAGCACGGAGAAUCGUAGAAAAUGGGUUUGGGAUAUUAAUAAAGAGGUUCAAAAUCCUUCAAAAUGACAUAAAAUUUGAACCAGAUAAAGCUAGAAAAAUUGUUUUGGCAUGCUGUCAUUUACACAACUACUUGUGCUCAAGAAAUAGUGGAAACUAUAUACAAUCUCAUGACGUCGAUAAUGAGAAUACUUCUACGGCUAAUGUGGAACUUGGUUCAUGGAGACAAGGAACUCAAGAGAUGUUACGACUUCAAAGAACCAAAGGCAACUCGGCAGUUGAAGCAAAAAAAAUAAGGGAUGACUUUUGCGAAUUCUUCAACACCUGCGGUUCAGUGCCAUGGCAAAACAGGUACCUGAAUAAUAAGAUUCAACAAAUCUUAACAGAAGCAUAG